AUGAGGGUACCACCUAAACCAAGAGCAAGUAGGCUUCCCAGAUUUCUCAUUAGGGUGAAAAAUGCGGUUUGCUUCAAAAGAUUGAAACUCAGACGGAAGAACAAACGCUUGAAUAAAUUGCAAUAUAAGCAAAGUAUGCAAGCGGCAAUUACCAAUUCUGGCCUUAGGGUUGAAGACACCUUCAACAUUCCUACCAAUUUUUUGCCCCGUUCUGCAAGAAACAAACCGUUACUGAUUGCAAACUUUAAAAGGGGUUGUGAUAGGUCUCCUGAGGUUAAGAUACUGCAAAAGACAAGGCUAAGAAGACUGUUCAUGAGCAAAAGAAGAAUCAAGAUGAAGUACUUCAAUUACCACGACUGCAAAAGGAACAACGAGAUUAAUAAUGUGGCGGAACAAACAGUUCACAACAAUACGAUGCAGUGUGCGACGAACGUUCAUACAAUCAAAACUUUGACACGAAAGAAUGCAGACGUUAGGGUGAUAUAUUACAGUGAUAAUGUUGUUAAACGGUUCAGUCCUGAGAAAAAGAUGGAAACGGUAAAUGGAGAGGUGUCUCCUGAAUAUAUUGAGUUCACAGGCACAAAAUCUGUGAAGAUAGCGAAGUAUCCCUCCCUUCGGCGCAAGGGGAAUCACACAACUACUCUAACAGGCUUGUUCGCUCCUACAGAAGUAAGCGAAGAACCAGAAAACCUAGGAACUGUGAGAAGAUAUGACCUGACUUCAUGCCAAGGGGCCACAACCAAUUCACAUUCUCGACCAGUGCAAACUCAAACACUGACGGGCCGGGAAGAAAACAUUUAG